AUGUUGGCUCAGAGUUGGGAGGGCGGCCGCGGCAGUUGUGCAAUGCCGGCGGGAUUGGCACGCGGGCCGGCGGAAGAGCUCGCGAAAGAGGCGGGUGACAGCGGGGAGUCCAUCCCAGAGGACAAGUUCGGUCAGGAGAUCGCAGUACAGAACGGGGGUUUGAAAAUCAACGAAUGGAUCAAAAGCGCAAAUCGUCGGUUCCGCGGGUUGGCAAAUGUUCGAGCAUGGCCCGAGCUCCCUAUUUGGAGGUGGACGGGGUAG